UUGUCGGUUCUGCUUAAAAUAUUAGGAAGUUUGAUAUUCAAAUAAAAAUGUUAAUAAAAAUGAAAAUCAUUGAAAAAUUCGUGCAAAAUGUUCGCUGUUAUUCGUCAUCUGUUAAAUCAAUAAAAGAACAAUUAUUAAUACAGAAAACAACGUACAAAACAGACGAUUGGACAAAUAUAAACUCUCGUUUUGAGCCGUUUGUUGGAGCAAAUCUGUACGCAAAAUCAAAUCAUCCAUUGCGUUUGACUCACGAAGAAGUGACCGCCUUCUUCAAAAAGUGGUUCAAUGAAAAUAUAGACAAUACCAUUGAAUUGCCGGUCCAUAAAAACUUGGAUCCCCUUGAGCCGAAUACAUCGACAGAAAAGGUGCCAAAUGCCUUCUACGUAAAUAAAGAUUUAAUAUUACGAACUCAUACCAUCAAUCGUGAAGUGAAUUAUUUAAAAUCGGGCUUAGACAAUUUCAUAUUGAUUUGCGAUUUGUAUCGUCAAUGUGAAAUGGAUGAGCUACAUUUUCCAGCGUUUCAUCGCAUGAAUAUCAUUCGCACAAAAAAUUGCGAGAAACUUCUUCGCCGGAGUAAACAGAAAGAGACACAACAAGCCCAAACGGCAACGCAUUUAAAAGAUGAGUAUCAAACGGCAUUGAUCGAAAUGGCAAAGCAUUUUCUUGGAACAGAUGUGAAAUAUCGUUGGACUGAUGCGAAUUUGGCCGCCACUGAACCAUCGUCGGUGUUUGAAGUUUAUCAUAAAGAUGAUUGGUAUCGAAUUUCUGGAGGCGGUCUUAUAAAAAACGAGAUUUUCGAAAGAAGUGAACGAUCCGAAUAUAGUGCUGGAUGGGAAAUUGGCAUUGGUCUAGAUCGUUUGGCAAUGAUUUUGUUCAAUAUUUUCGAUAUUCGAUUGUUGUGGAAUUCUAGUCCGAUUUUUUUAAAUCGAUUUAGACCGCAGAAAAUUUCAGAGAAAUUACAGACGAAAAUUGAAAGUUCGCCGAACAAUGCAACUAAAAGUGUUAUAGAGAAAAUAGUGCAGCCAACUUCAUUACACGGUAGUAAGAAAAAGACCAAAUGUGAAAAGCACAUUUCAUUUAUCCUUCCUGAGAAUCAGGACCUGGAAUCAUUUCCAUCGGACCAAUUAUGCAAAUAUAUACUUCAACACACAGACAAUGCCGCGAAAAAGGUUGAUGUUUACGAUACAUUUUACAAUUCAAAACUAAACACAUACGUUUUAAACUUGAAAGUCGAAUAUCAAAUCGGACGUCAUCGAACUAAGGACGAAAUUAAUAGUAUACACAACAGUGCCAGAGCUCAUGCAGCGCAUAACUUUAAUUUAACAUUAAAGCUCUAGAUUUUAUCAUAAUAGUAUAACGCAAUAAAAUUGAUGCCCAAAUAAAUGUCUUGUGUAGUUUAUUUGUCCUUCAAUUUUCAGUAUAUGGCCUUGAAAAUGUGAUCAGAUGGUAUGCAUCGUGCUCUUAGAUGUCCCUUAAUCGGUUGCCAUGGUAACGGAAUGCAAGUCACUCUCCUGAAAUAAUCAGGAGAAAAUAAUUCGAUUGUCGUCGCAUCGUCUCGCUGCAUCCUCAGUAAACGUCAAAAUAUUUUUACUUUACACAGAAAAAUAAUUCUUACAGACAAUUUGAAUUUCUUUACAAUUUGCUCAAUUGAAUGCAUUCAAACGAUGAAAUUGAUCGGAAAUUCUUAUGUUUUAUUGAAUAAAGUUUUAGAAACAUUCAAAUAAAUCAGAAACUUCAUAAAAAUCUCAAACUGUGUGAUGUAAUCGUCGAAGUAAUGCUAAAUCGUGUACUUCCGUUUGUCAUUUUUGUGGCUUUGAGCUGCGUGUUGAAUGGUAGAGGACAGCAAGAUGAAAGCACUGAAUCUGUUGAUGGUUCGGAAAUAAUCGGUCCAUAUUUUGAUGCAAAUAUUCCACAAAAUGUAACUGCUAUCGUCGGAAAGUCAGCAUUUCUUCGUUGCCGAGCACGGAAUCUUGGAAACAAAACCCUGGCUUGGCUUCGGCAUAGAGACGUACACAUACUCACUGUGGGCAGUUAUACGUACACAACGGAUCAACGUUUUCAAGCCACUUAUAAUAAAGACUUGGGCGAAAGUGUAUUAGAAAUCAAAUGGGCAUCCAUUCGAGAUGCUGGCUUAUUCGAAUGUCAAAUAUCCACUCAACCGGUUCGAAGUUUAUUUGUGCACUUAGAAGUUGUUGUUCCGACCGCUGUUAUAUGGGGAGCACCGGAGAUUUUUGUCGAAAAAGGACAUAUGAUAAACAUAACAUGCACGAUAAAUUAUAGUACUGAACCGCCCGCUUACAUAUUUUGGUAUCAUCAAGAUGAGGUGAUUAAUUUUGACUCAGCUAGGGGUGGCGUGAGCGUUAUAACAGAAAAGGCCGAUAUAACUAUAUCACAUUUGCUCAUUCAAAAGGCCGAUUUAGCAGAUUCUGGGAGAUAUUCAUGCAGUCCGUCAAAUGCAGAUGUUGCCAGUGUUCGUGUUCACGUCACAUGAAUAAUAUUGACUCUGAGUUUUUGUUCGAUUCUACGGGUAUUUAGAAUAUAAUCACAUUUGGUCAUAUUUUUUUUCGAUUUUGUGUUAAUAAA